AGGAAGUGACCCAGCAUAUCUGGAGAGGGUUAGAACUGCUUGGGGGAGCCCGACUGGUAGGACCCGGGGGACCUGAAGGAGAAGGUCGGUUCGGGGUGCAAGAGGCAAAUUGGAGGCCGGGGGUGCAGGAGGGAGAGGUGAGAUACUCCAUCCAGGAAACUUAUUUCGAGAGGAAGGGGCACAGGGAGGGACAGGGCCUUCCUCAGGGCGCAGAGGCCACUCCGGAGGGGCAUAGGAUAAGGAGGCGAAGGAGGAGAAGGAGGUGGUGAGCCAACUUUCUGGGGAGAGGUGUGUGUGUGACGGGGCCUGCCUGCUGGGGACCAUAGAAUGUAGCGGAGGAGGGUGGGAAGCAGAAGCGCGUAUGAGUCAGGGAGAGUUUCGGCAUUGGAGUCCAGAAGCAGAGCGUAUCCUGUUUGACCCUCUUCUCUCACCACUUUUUGGGGAACCUGGAAGCUAGUGUGAUUUGGGGACAUUCUUCCCCACACCCCUCUCUCCCCACAUCCUUCAGGGGCAAGGCGACAGAAGGCUGCAGAGACUGGAGGGAAGCAGCAUGCAGGCAGAGGAGGGUACUGGCUGGUUGCUUGAGCUAUUGGCCGAGGUGCAGUUACAGCAGUACUUCCUUCGUCUCCGAGAUGACCUCAACGUCACCCGCCUGUCCCACUUUGAGUAUGUCAAGAAUGAGGACCUGGAGAAGAUUGGCAUGGGCCGACCUGGUCAGCGGAGGCUGUGGGAGGCCGUGAAACGGAGAAAAGCAAUGUGUAAGCGAAAGUCUUGGAUGAGCAAGGUGUUCAGUGGGAAGCGCUUAGAUGCAGAAUUUUCCACUCCCCAGUCACAGAAUACCUUCAGAAAGACAUCGCCUGUCCCAGGGGUUUCCGUUGGGGAGGGGUCGCUGCAGAGCCUUACUUGUCUCAUCGGGGAGAAGGAUCUGAGCUUGUUUGAGAAGCUCGGAGAUGGCUCCUUUGGAGUUGUACGCAGAGGGGAGUGGGAUGCUCCCUCAGGGAAGAAGGUGAGCGUGGCUGUGAAAUGCCUGAAGCCCGAUGUCCUGAGCCAGCCCGAAGCCAUGGACGACUUCAUCCGGGAGGUCAAUGCUAUGCACUCCUUGGACCACAGGAACCUAAUCCGUCUCUAUGGGGUAGUCCUUACCCCACCCAUGAAAAUGGUUACAGAGCUAGCUCCCCUGGGAUCUCUGUUGGACCGUCUGCGCAAACACCAGGGCCACUUUCUUCUGGGGACUCUGAGCCGCUAUGCUGUACAGGUGGCCGAGGGAAUGGGAUAUUUAGAGGCCAAACGCUUCAUCCACCGAGACCUGGCCGCCCGGAACCUGCUGCUGGCCACGAGAGACCUGGUCAAGAUCGGGGACUUUGGACUGAUGAGGGCCCUGCCCCAGAAUGACGAUCACUAUGUCAUGCAGGAGCACCGGAAGGUUCCCUUUGCCUGGUGUGCCCCAGAGAGCCUGAAGACACGGACUUUCUCCCAUGCCAGUGACACCUGGAUGUUUGGAGUGACCCUGUGGGAGAUGUUUACCUAUGGCCAAGAGCCCUGGAUUGGCCUGAAUGGAAGCCAGAUCUUGCACAAGAUUGACAAAGAGGGGGAGAGGCUGCCUCGCCCUGAAGACUGUCCCCGAGAUAUCUACAACGUCAUGGUCCAGUGCUGGGCCCACAAACCUGAGGACAGACCUACCUUUGUAGCCUUGCGAGACUUCUUGCUGGAGGCUCAGCCCACGGACAUGAGAGCCCUUCAGGACUUUGAGGAGCCGGACAAACUGCAUAUACAGAUGAAUGAUGUCAUCACUGUCAUCGAGGGAAGGGCGGAGAAUUACUGGUGGCGUGGGCAGAAUACAAGGACGCUGUGUGUGGGGCCCUUCCCGAGAAACGCAGUGACCUCUGUGGCUGGGCUGUCAGCCCACGACAUCAGCCAGCCGCUCCAGAACAGCUUCAUCCACACGGGCCAUGGCGACAGUGACCCCCGACACUGCUGGGGAUUCCCGGACAAGAUCGAUGAACUCUAUUUGGGAAACCCUAUGGAUCCUCCUGACCUGCUAGCAGUGGAGCUGAGCACCUCCCGCCCCACCCAGCUCCUAGGAAGGGUAAAAAGGGAGCCUCCGCCUCGCCCGCCUCAGCCCACCAUCUUCACUCAGAAGCCUACUUAUGACCCCGUCAGUGAUGAUCAGGACCCCCUGUCUGCAGACUUCAAGCGUCUCUGUCUUAGGAAGCCAGGCCUGCCCAGGGGUCUGUGGCUGGUGAAGCCCUCAGCCCGAGUGCCGGGCACCAAGACAAGCCGGGGUGGGGGUGAAGUGUCUCUCAUUGACUUUGGUGACGAACUCACAGCACCUCCCCUGUCCAAUCCUUCCCAAAAGCCCAGUGCCCCCUCCCUGGCUCAGCUGGCAAUGGAUGCCUGCUCGCUGUUGGACAAAACACCCCCACAGAGCCCCACCCGGGCACUUCCAAGGCCCUUACACCCCACCCCUGUGGUUGAUUGGGAUACCCGGCCACUGCCGCCACCGCCAGCCUAUGACGAUGUGGCCCAGGAUGAAGAUGAUUUCGAGGUCUGCUCUAUCAACAGUGCCCUGGUCGGUGCCAGAACCCCCGAGGGGCCUCCCCACGGGGAGACUAACUAUGCCUUUGUGCCUGAGGCUGGACGGCCCCCACCACCACUGGAAGACAAUUUGUUCCUCCCCCCCCAAGGGAGGAGCAAACCCCCUAACUCCCUCCAGACUGCAGAAAUCUUCCAGGCUUUGCAGCAGGAGUGCAUGAGGCAGCUGCAGGUCCCAUCAGCCUCUCUGGCCUCCUCUCCUAGCCCUGGCCUGGGUGGAGAAGACAAACCCCAGGUGCCCCCCAGGGUGCCAAUCCCACCUCGACCCACCCGACAGCGAAGUGAGCUGGGCUGCCGCUCGGGGGAACUGUCGCCAGCUUCAGGGGGUGAAGAGGAGCAAGGACGGUGGCGGGGGGCAGCCCCUCCCCCGCAAGUCCCCCCAAGGGAGCCAUUCUCCCCCCAGGGCUCCCGUACCCCCAGUCCUUUGGCACUGUCUGGUGGGUCUCCCUUGACUCCUCGCCUUUCCAGCUCCCCUGGGAAGGCCAUGCCCACCACCCAGAGCUUUGGCUCUGACCCCAAAUAUGCCACACCCCAGGUGAUCCAGGCCCCUGGCCCGCGGACAGGGCCUUGCAUCCUACCAAUUGUCCGAGAUGGCAAGAAGAUCAGCAACACGCAUUACUAUCUGCUUCCGGAGCGGCCCCCCUACCUGGAAAGAUACCAGCGGUUCUUGCAGGAGGCCCGGAGCCCUGAGGAGGAACCUCCUUCCAUCCCCGUCCCUCUGCUGCUGCCACCCCCCAGCACACCAGCCCCUACUGCCCCCACUGCCACUGUGAGGCCCAUGCCCCAGGCCACUCUUGACCCUAAGGCCAACUUCUCAGCCAACAAUAGCAACACAGGUGUCCGCGCCCCAUCCUUGAGGGCUCCCACCCGCCUGGUGAGGGGCUGCCCAGGGGAUGGGCUGGAGGCUGGGCGGCCCACAGACAAGAUACAGAUGGUCCAGGCCAUGGUGCAUGGGGUGACCACAGAGGAGUGCCAGGCGGCCUUGCAGAAUCACAGCUGGAGCGUUCCGAGGGCUGUUCAGUAUCUGAAGGUGGAACAGCUCUUUGGCCUGGGUCUGCGGCCAAGGCAGGAGUGCCAUAAGGUGUUGGAGAUGUUUGAUUGGAACCUGGAGCAGGCUGGCUGCCACCUGCUAGAUUCCUGUGGUCCCACCCACCAUAAGUAUGUGUUUCGAUCCUGGUCUACCCCAGUUCUUCCUGUCUUCUCCACCCAGCCAGGUGGACCCGAGGGAGCUGGGUCCUUUAGGUCCAGGGACCCAGCAUUUCCCAAAGGCUAAAUAUUCCAUAGCCAAGAGCCCCCCUCCCCAAGGUCAAGAAAACUGCAGGCAGCCAACCAGUCCCCAAAGCUGAGACUGAGGUGGCGAGUCUCACAGAGAAGUCGUGGGAAUGGGGGUCGUGGGACAGGGGAAAGGUGGACCCUGAAUAUAAUGUAGCUGCUCAGCAGCGAUCUCUCCCAAGCAUGCAACCCCCUCUCUUCUUGCAGGCGCUGAUGGCAGGUCUGGGGAGCCGGAGAGUCUGACUUAAGGGGGGGUCCUGUUAGUCUGCCCGAAGGAUCGUUUGAGCCUGUCCUGCAUGGCAGGGGCCAGGGAGGGGCCUGGGGAAACCUGCUGCUGCUCCCUUCUCCCCCCAUCACCCCACUUCUUCAGAUAGGCAAAGAGGAACCAGAAGGAGCAGGAGACUUGGAUGGGACCACCCUUCCACAGUGCUCGCUCUAGUCUUCCAUCCAUCUGCCCCUCCCAUGGCCACUCCAGAGGGACAACGGAGAGGGCGCAUCAGGAAGGGGGUGAGGAGGCAUUUAGAGCUGGGCUGAGGGAGGGCUAGCGACAGUUCCAGGCGCGAAUGCCCCCUCUUCUAGCCCUUGCAGUCUCCAUCCGCUGUGAUGCCUCACUUCCCUUUAGGGACCAGAUUGUAGGGAAAACGAGCCUGUCUGCUUGUGUCUGUGGCAUUUCCCAUUCCUACGGAAGCUGAAGGAAGGUGUCAGUGAGGGCAGGAGGGAGACCCCAAUGCUUUGCUCAUCUCGGUGGAGCCUGCUAGCUCCCAGCAGGCCUGGUGCCAUGAGAUGGGCAUGACUGUUAAUGGGGGAGAGAGUGCUCGGGGUACAGGUCACAGUAGAUGCUGUUCCUGGUUUGAGGUAACUGGGGGGGGGACUGUCACCCAAGGUCGAGAAUUUCAGGAUGUUGGAGGCAGGGAGGAUGCAAGCCCACAGGGCGGGGAUAGAACCCCAGGAUGUGCAGAAGGGAACAGAUACCGGCAGCUAACGUGGAGACCAGUGCUCCCACCCCGGCCAACUGCUGUUUUGUGUUUUUCCCCAACAACCUCUGUUGCCAAAGUUGCUGCUCUCGUCCUGCCUCCACACAUCUGCUUCUUCCAGAGAAAUAAAGUUAGUUUCUAUUUUACGUUA